AUGCACGCCAGCCGCAACAGCUACUGCCAAAUGGUCCGGGACGGUGCUGAAGACGCCUUUAUAUGCUUGCCAGUGGACCACCUAGUUGGCAACGUCUCUGACCUGGUGGUGGCUGGCACGUUGACUACGACGGCGACUCUUCAGUGGCACCUGCUGCAGCUGGCCAUCGAGCCGCGAGUGUUACAGGCGCAGUUGCAGCAGGAGCUGGACUUUGUCGUCGGACGAGAGCGUUCACCUAGGUGGGAGGACCGCCACCGCAUGCCGCUCACCAUGGCUACCAUCUGGGAGAUGUACCGCUGGAAGGUGGCCACACCUCUUGGCCUCCCCAGGGUGGCAGCAGAGGACACAUGCAUCGGUGACCACUUCGUUCCUAAGGGUACCGUGAUCCUGGCCAACAUGUGGGCGGCUCACAUGAACCCCGAUCGCUGGGAGCACCCGCAGACUUUUGACCCCACAAGAUUUUUGAAUCCGGAUGGAUCAGCGACCGUAACGCGGCCAACCAACAUGUUCCCCUUCGGCGUCGGAAAACGCAUGUGUCCCGGCGAACCCUUGGCGCAGGCGGUGGUGUUCCUGUACUUGACGUCACUACUGCAGAAGUACCACAUCCUGCACGAGGAAGGCAUCCAGCGAGACAUUAGCGGCGCAGAUGUCUUUCCCAGCAAGGUGGCCAGCAUCAGGCUCCGCUUCUUGCCACGCUGAACACACCACAUUUAUCCCAACAAAUGACCU